AUGAUUGUUUUAAAUGAAAAAUUACAAAAUAUCAUUAGUCAAACAUUAGAUGAAUUUCAUAUUGUUAUUGAACAAUUAUGGAAUGAUAUUUCAACUAAUAAUGGAAAUAAUAUUAAUCGGCUAUUAGAAGAACAUGAAAAUAAUUUAAAUGGAAAAUGGAUGAAAAAUCGUUCGCGGUAUAACAAAACAACAUUAUCGACUAUAUUUGAUCAUAACGAAGAAAAAUGGUAUAUUGUAGUAUGUCAAGUUUUUAUUCCUUUUAUGAUAGCAGGAUUUGGUAUGGUUGUUACUCGAUUAGUUUUUGAACGAGUCAUGGGAUUAAAUGUAUUUAAGGAAAUAACUGAAAUUUAUAUACUUGUUCCAGCUCUACUUGGUUUAAAAGAAAAUCUAGAAAUGAGGUUAGCAUCACGUUUAUCUAUACAAGCUAAUAUUGGAAAUAUAGCUUUGACGCAAUUACAAGCUAUUGUUGUUGAUUUUCUUGUUGCUCUUGUAUCACUUGCAAUGAGAUGA